AUGUCAACUCUAUUCGACAUCAAGGAGCAUGUUGUCGACGCCCAACACGUCCGGGAAUAUCCUCGAGCAACUGCGCACUCACAGGAGGAAGUGCUCCAGCUCGCUGUAAAACAGUACAUCCCAAAGGACAACCCAAACCCAAAGCCAGGAGACAUAACCAUUAUCGCAUCUCACGCCAACGGCUUUGUCAAGGAACUAUACGAGCCACUGUGGGAGGACCUCCUCCGCGCCGUCCGCCAGAAUGGCCUCAACAUCCGCGCCGUCUGGAUGGCCGACAUAGCCUGGCAGGGCGCGAGCGGGGUGCUGAACGAGGGCCGGCUGGGCAACGACCCGUCGUGGCUGGACCACGCGCGCGACCUGCUGCACCUGACCAACGUCUUCCGCGCGCAGAUGCCCCGGCCCCUCGUCGGCGUGGGCCACUCCUUCGGCGGCAACAUCAUCACCAACGUGAGCCUCAUGCACCCGCGCCUCUUCUCCGCCCUCGUCAUGGUCGACCCCGUCCUGACCCGCGAGCACGGCCUGGGGCCCCUCUACGGCUUCGGCACCCUGCGCGCCUCCGCCGGCCGCAGGGACGUCUGGCCCAGCCGCGCCGAGGCCGAGCGCGGGGUGCGCAAGAACAAGUUCUACUCGACCUGGGACCCGCGCGCCGUCGACCGCCUCGUCCGCUUCGGCUUCCGCGACUGCCCGACCGCGCUGCACCCGGGCGCCAAGGGCGGCGAGGUCACGCUGACGAGCACAAAGCACAUGGAGUGCCUGACGUACUACCGCCCCACUCACCAGGGGCCCAGGGACCCGGCGACGGGGGCGAAGACGUUUGAUAGGAGCCUCAUCCCCGACGCGACCGACGACGUCGAAAACUACCCCAGCUUCCCCUUCUACCAGCCGCCCACGCCCAUCACCGCCCGCAGGCUGCCCGAGCUGCGGCCCGGGGUGCUGUGGGUCGCGGGCGAGGACAGCGUCGUGUGCACGCCCGAGGUGCGGCGGGAGAAGAUGGAGACGACGGGGUACGGCGUCGGCGGCAGCGGCGGCGCGAGGGCCGGCAGGGUGAAGGAGCUCGUCGUCGGUGGGACGGGCCACCUCGUCGCCAUGGAGAAGCCCGGCGAGGUCGCCGCGGGCGCGGCAGGGUUCAUCCGCGGGGAGUGGGAGCGCUGGAGGCGGGAGGAGGACGAGUACAGGCGGUGGGCGGAGGGCACGGACGAGCGGACCAAGGCCAUGAUGGACGACGACUUCGUGGCGCUGGUCAAGAGCGUCGGGCCCGAGGCGAACAGGAGGAGGGACGGCACGAUGGGCGGGCUCAAGCCCAAGUUGUGA